AUGCACUGCCGCACGUCCGGUGUGACCGGCCACUAUGCUAACAACGACGCUCACGCCUUGGAUAUCGCGCGGCGCUUUGUCAGCAACCUCAACUACCGCAAGCAGCCUUUCGUCACGCAGACGCCGGUCGAGGAGCCGCUGUACUCGCCAAACGUGCUUGGCGGCGUCAUUCCUGUAGACUCCCGCAAGCCGUUUGACGUGAGGAAGGUCAUUGCCCGCAUCGUGGACGGCAGUCGUUUCGACGAGCUCAAGAAGGAGUACGGCCCCAUCAUGAUCACGGGCUUCGCGCGUUUGUACGGGAACCCAGUGGGUAUUGUGGCCAACUAUGACAUCUUGUUCUCCGAGUUCUCCGUCAAGGCCGCUCACUUCAUCGAGUUGUGCAGCCAGCGCGGGCUUUAUGGUGGGUAA